AUGUUAGGGACGAACCCGUAUACUAAGUGUAGAGGCCCUAACCGCAGCGACCUUCUUUCUUCCACCCGCAAAACUCGCUCCCGCAUGACAGCGUCCGAGGUGGGACUGGACUUCGACCGGGAGGAGAGCGGCAGCAGACACCCCCGCUCGGGAGCAAACGUCCGCCGCGGCCCUGAAAUUCAGGACUACACCCCGUUCUAAAACCCUGUCGUGAUCGCCGUUUGUAAGUAAGUUUGGCAGGUAUUUGUGUAUUCGGAACGUACGUCCAUUUGGUCGUAGGUGUGAAGAGUGAACCGAUGGUUGUUGUCAUUUUUGUUCACGCCAAGACGGUAGUGGGUAACUUUGGCGGGGGCAGCAGUAGGAAGCGCGUUUGCUGUAAACUUGGGGUCGGUUGUUGUGCUGUUGAUUGUCUGUAUUAUUCCUUAUUCGUCGUCGUCCUCGCCGGUGUCUUGUAGGCCAUGGAGGCGUUUUUGUUGCCGUCAGUUACCGAAAGAGGCGAAAGAGAUGGCACCCCUCCUAGAGCGACUUUCAAGCUCAAUUUGCUCCGCAACCAAGGGGGCGCGGAAGACAGCCUCAUGAUUCUACGGGAAGUCCCUCGACGGUAUUUUUUUUAAACCAUCAUGUUUGGUGUUGGCACAAUCUUGGUUGCGGAGCAAUCGAGCUUUGAAAAUCGGUCUGUCUAGGGGGGGGGGGUGUACUCAUAGUCGUGCAUGCCGUAGUCGUUAGACCAUUGACCUCGCAUCCCUACAAAGCCGGGACGGAGCACGCCGGGUUCUCACCGGACCAGGCUCUCACAUCACCAAGCGCGAAGCGCCGUGAGAUAUUCGGCGAGUCGCAUGAAGGGUGCGCUGCAUCCUGCUAAGGGUGUUCGGCAUCUUGUGCUUACUUCCUUGCGUACGGAUGACAGCUGCUUAUGAAUUAAGGUCUGUCUAGGGGGGGGGUGCCAUCUCUCCGCCCCUUACGAUAGGUACGUUGGCCUGCCCGGUGAAAAGGUUUUUCAGUGUCUUGGGCGAUUGGGACAGCCUGGCUUUGGUUGGUUACACGCGAAAGUAAGUGUCAACGAGGACGCGUUGCUUUGGCCGCAUUCGAACCCACGGGUCAACUAAGGACGCGCGCAUGUGUUGGUCGUAUACGGACGCACGUGUCAACUAGGACGCGUGCGUGCUGGUCACAUGAGAGCGCAUGUUUUAACAAAGAGAGUGGCUUGCUGUGUGUCUAUUUACGUUGGGUGCGGCCAUGCCCUUUGGUGCUGUCUCCUCGGAUUUGCACGCUCACUCACACCCAUGCGAUGUUGAGGUAGGGUGAGGCGCCACGCGGGGUCCACUAGUAGAGCUCCCCGUCUCCCCUGUCCUGCUCUUCUGUGUUGUUCAUGUGUGGAUGUGUUGUGCAGUGCAGCUCGUGGGCUUUUGGUGGCGGUGGGAGAGGGAAGCAUCGAGUGAUUUGUAGCGGUGAAAAGGACAGGUCGGGAAUGGUUUAUGUGGGGAAUAUAAGGUUACGAAAGAGGAUUUUGGUGCGUUCGUUUUAGCGGGCCCCCCUUUUUUUUCUCUGAGGGUGGCUCUCUCUCUGUGCUGAUGUUUGAUUCUGUGGGUAUUCUAAUGAGAGAAAUCCAUGGCGAGAUGAAACACAAAGUCUGGCGAAAGU